AGGAAAAAAGGAUAAAAAGAAAAAAGGGAUAAAAAGAAAAAAGGGAGAGAAAAGUUAAAAAAGGAUAGAAAAGAAAAAAGGGGUAAAAAAAAGAAAAAAGGGAGAGAAAGGGAAAAAGGGAGAGAAAAGGAAAAA